UACUAAAAUAACAAAUAAUUCUACUUAUAGUUUAAAUCAUUAUAAUUUUAUAUUUUCAUUUAAAUGUACUUUAAAUGUACAUACAAUAUUCGUUAAGGAGCCUUGACUCUGACCCCAAUUACGUGACAAACCGUUAACUAAUAACAAAUUCCUUAGCGGGAGUGGGUCAUGCAGCGUUCGUGUCGUAGUCUGUUUAGUAUAUUUAUGUUAAAUAUUGACUAUAUAUAACAGCCAGUCAAAGGUAAAAUUUAGAUAUCUGUGGGCCUACACGAAAACUUGCUGCUAUUCAUAGUAGGGUGAUAGGUAUUAUGAUGCCGUUUCACUGUGCAUUGCGAGCAGUUCGGAGCGGUGCACGAAGGUAUGUAAGCGCCGGGCGGGGUACCAACCAGCCUGAAAGCCCACUCCGCCGUCUUGUGCGCGAUGCCAGCGCUUUCGGUGAAACAAAUGCUCGUGAUGGUGACUUGGCCUGGGCUACACAACCUUAUGCAGUCAGUGACCCAUUACGACCGCCAGCGCCUGAGGCCGCCGACCCUCGUGACUCCACUAUUUUGUUGUUUCCUGGCCAAGGCUCUCAGUAUGUUGGUAUGGGAAAAUGUCUGGAUACAAUUCCCACUGCAAUGGAAUUGUAUGAGCUUGCAUCUUCUAUAGUGGGAUGGGACGUUCUGCGAGUCUGCCGAGAGGGGCCCGAAGAGGAGCUGGCGCGACGUUGCCAGACUGCAGUCCUAGUGACGUCGUUGGCCGCCAUUGAACUGGCUCGCGAAACACGCCGAGGCGCCCUCGAACGCGUGCGGGCGGUCGCCGGUUUCUCGCUCGGCGAAGUAGCCGCGUUCGUGUUUGCGGGCGUGCUGCCUCUGGAACAGGCACUGAGGCUGACGGAGCUCCGCGCCGAGGCUAUGGCUGCGGCGGCGAGGGAGCGUGCCGGCGGAAUGCUCACCCUGUGGCUGGCGCCCGACGCGCGACUGCCCGCCCUUCUUCGCUCCGCCCGCGAUCGGGCGGUGUCGCCGGCGUUGCCGGAUCCCGUGUGUCAAGUCGCCAAUUUUCUCUAUCCCGGUUGUAAAGUGAUAGCUGGAGAUGAGCAGGCUUUGCGGUGGGUGGAACGCGAGGGCCGAGCCUGGGGCGUGCGCCGAAGCGCCAGAGUGGGCGUGGCCGGCGCUUUCCACACGCCGCUCAUGGCGCGCGCCGAGGCCGUCGUGCGCAGCGCACUGGAGCACUGCACAGUAGGCGCGCCUCGCGUAACCGUGGUGUCGGGCGUGGACGGAAAGGCAGUCUCCGGCGGAGCCGCCGCUCGCCGCCGGCUCGAGCGCUUCACGGCCGCGCCCGUGCGCUGGGAGCAGACCCUGCACGCGCUGUACGCGAGGCCGCCCGACACGCCGCAGCCGCUCACUCUGGCAUUGGGCCCGGGCCGCGCGCUUCGCGCCACUCUCAAGCAGGUCAACGCGCGCGCCUGGGACGCCUCCGUCCACGUCGACGUGUAGCUACGGUCUACUUCGGAUCGCUAAUCUCUUAGAAUAAUAAAUCUAUGUUAUGUACA